ACCGUGCAAAGCAAAAAUAUCGAGGUACUAUGCGCCCGAUAGCUAGCACAAAUUUAUCGAUGACAGUCUUGUUAAAUUAUUAAAAAAAAAACAAGUUUGUACUUGAAAAGUACGGCGUAUAUCCACGGCGAAGAACGCAAGCAUCCGCCAAGGAAACGUCCGAUGCAGCUGCCAUCCGCUCAAGCAUUGAGCCCGGAAUCCGGAUGAAUCCCGGCGAGGAUGUGAUGUGCGCACUGGGCCCUCUCCGCUGGUCGAUAUAAACUCGUGCCCCCCACCUCUUCUGGCCAACAUCCUGCUGUCCACCGCCUGCUCAUCCCUCUCCACAGAGUCCCAGUCCUCCAUAGCCAUCCAUCGCCACCGCCUGGAGAUUCGGCCAUAGUGGAAGGCCUUCCGGUAGCACGGUAGUUCCAGUGGAACCAGGCACACGGAGAUCGCGGUGUCUUGGAAAUCGGCGGUGCACGGAAACCGCUGCGCUAGAGGGUGGCAUCAGGCACUUUGCCCAGGAACCUGCAGUCGAGGAAUCUGCGACGACAUCUAGAGUUGCCAUUGACCUGCGGAGCACCCCACAUCUUAACAAAAAGAUGUGGUAAAAGUUGUCUAGAUCUUCAAGCAGAUUUCAAGAGCCUCAGACCCCAAGAGGGAACCUGGCAAAGCUAGCCAGGAAUGAAAUCUUAGGCCCGAUAAUUCACCCAAAAUAGCGCUACACUUGGACGCCGUAAAAGAGAGCCUUGAGGCAAGGAAUCGGUGGCAUACGUGGACAGUUGCAGAUAACUUAACAUCUGGAAAUCACCCGCACCAAACGGAGCUGCAACUAGUAAACUAGUACCUAUUUGCAACCAAAAAACCGACACACGGAAGCUGCAUCUUAAAACCAAGUGGGGAACAGCAGGAUCCUUAGGGUUCCACGGAGAUGGCCACCGCAUCGCUGGACGCACUGCAGGCAGCCUACGUUGACUUCAGUGAGCUAACACUAAGAGAGAAAGUCGGCCAUGGGUCCUACGGAGUGGUCUGCAAGGCCGUCUGGCGCGAUAAGCUGGUGGCCGUCAAGGAGUUCUUCGCCAGCGCCGAGCAGAAGGACAUCGAGAAGGAGGUGAAGCAGCUGUCGCGCGUGAAGCAUCCGAACAUCAUCGCUCUGCACGGCAUAUCCUCGUACCAGCAGGCCACCUACCUGAUAAUGGAGUACGCCGAAGGUGGAUCCCUGCACAACUUCCUUCACGGCAAGGUGAAACCGGCCUAUUCCCUGGCCCACGCCAUGAGCUGGGCGCGCCAGUGUGCGGAGGGUCUGGCAUACUUGCAUGCCAUGACGCCGAAACCCCUGAUCCAUCGCGACGUGAAGCCGCUGAACCUGCUCUUGACCAACAAGGGGCGCGAUCUGAAGAUCUGCGACUUCGGCACGGUGGCGGACAAGUCGACCAUGAUGACGAACAAUCGCGGCAGUGCCGCUUGGAUGGCGCCCGAGGUCUUCGAGGGCUCCAAGUACACGGAGAAAUGUGACAUUUUCAGCUGGGCCAUUGUGCUAUGGGAGGUGCUGUCCAGGAAGCAACCCUUUAAGGGCAUCGACAAUGCCUACACCAUCCAGUGGAAGAUCUACAAGGGUGAACGCCCGCCGCUGCUGACAACCUGCCCCAAGCGCAUCGAGGACCUGAUGACCGCCUGCUGGAAAACGGUGCCCGAGGAUCGCCCCUCGAUGCAGUACAUAGUGGGCGUCAUGCACGAGAUCGUCAAGGACUAUACGGGGGCGGACAAGGCCCUGGAGUACACUUUUGUUAAUCAGCAGAUUGUCACCAAAGAGAGCGACGGCACGGUGGCCGCUCAACCGGAUAGCCUCAGUUCGCAGGAGGGGGAACUGAGCCCCUCGUCCACACAGUUAACACCGACAACGGCGGCCAACGCCAAUGUGAACGCGAUAGCAAUAACAGAAACAAGCACUAGCUCAAUGACCGAAAAUACCUCAUCAACAUCAUCGGACAUCACGCCGACGAACUCGGGCCAACUUGACAAUAAUCCGCUAUUCCACAUGGUCAGCAAUCGCUGGGACGCGAUUCCCGAGGAGGAUAGCAACGAGAGCCGGAACGAUAGCUUCAACCUCACCUCUUCGGCGGAGGCCACUCAGCGCCUCGAGACGAUCCGGAACGGGAUGAUCCUGAUGGCCUGCAAGCCCAUGGAGCAGCUCACCCUCGACGUGGAGGCGAAUGGCUUUGAUCUGAGUCGCAGCGAAAGCAGCAGCAGCAGCACGAACGCAAAAAGCGAUGGCCGCGAACGACUCACGGUGACGGACACCAAGCCGGUGAUGAUGACCACGGAUCUGACCAACAACAACAACAACAGCGGCAGCCACGCCCACGCCCACGCGAACGGACUGCUGAGCCAUGCGAAUGGGCGGCAAGCGGCGGAUGAGGAGCUGCAGGAGCAGGAGCAUGAGCAGGAGAUGGUCAACUCGCUGGACGUGGAUGUGGAUCCCGAGGAGGAUGAGAACGACGGCACCGAGCAAUCGCUGGCCGAGAUUCUCGAUCCGGAGCUGCAGCCAGAGCCCCCGAUACCCAACGAUGCCGAAUCGCAGCUCAUCUACCGGGAGCACCGACACAUGGCCAAGGAGUACCUGAGCGUCGAUACGAACCUCUACUAUGCGCAGGACUUCAAGGACAAGCUCAUUGUGCAAAUGGAUCGCACCGAGCGCGAACAGAAGCAGGAGCUACUGCGCAAGAUGAAGGACAAGGAGGGUCUGCAGAGUCUUUACAACAAUCUGCAGCAGCAGUACGCUUCCCGCCGACUUGCCACCGGCCAUCAUCCGCACCCACAUCCGCAUCAGCAUCCGCACUCCCAUCCACAUCCCCAUCCGCAUUUGCAUGCCCAGCAGCAGGAGGAGGGCUGUGGACUGCUGCCCGGAUCGGUGGGCGGAGGCUCUGAGUCCGUGGAGGAGGGCUGGGUGGUCAUCCCAGCGCAUCACAACGCGUAGUCUCGUGCGCCGUCGGAUCGACUCUCUCUAUGUCUUUUAGGCUAGUACUGUAACCUUUAAUCCGUAAUCCGUAAUCCGUAAUCCGUAAUCUGUAAUCCAAUAUUCGUAAUCUGUAAUGCAAUAUUCGUAAUCUGUAUCUGUACCAUUAGCCAUAGCACUUUGUUUAUUUCUAUUUCUAGAACUAUUUCGGACGUGUUGUUCGUUGUAAGCGUUUAUUUUUUAUUUAAGUCUAAGCGUAUUUAGUCCGUGUUUCUUUUAAUUUAGCAACAAGUGUUUUGAUUCAUUAGCAGUCUCGCAAACUUCAUUUAGGUUUUAAUAUUAUGGUAAAGCUUAAAACACACAUACUUAGCAUUAACACAUGUAUCUGACAAGGAGUAGACCAAAAAAAUAUAAAAACCAUCGAAAGCAACGACAAACAAACUGGCCCCCUUUUUGUUAUUACAUGGAAACUAGUUUCUGAAUACCAAAAUAGUCCCACACAUGUAGACACCAAGAAGGAAAAGGUGCUGAAAUCAAAUCGAUUUAGUUUUUCUAUUUAUUGCCGACGACCUUAAAAUACUGAGUAAUAAAUUCUUUAUACAAAAUGUAAACCUAGAAGGUCCUUCCUCUUAUCGUCGAGUCAACGAAGAACGUUUUAGUCAAAUAACUUAGGCAGUGUCCUUGUUUUAGCAUUGCAAGGAAAUACACUCGAAUGGGGAUGCUUUGAAACCUGAAAACGUAAGUGAUCAAGUUUAAUGUCAAAA